AUGCAUAUUUUCUUCGACAGCGUUCCAACCCACCUCAUUGCCGGUGUCGACCAGGCCUCUUUCGAAUUGAACGCCGAGAAAGCGUUUCACGGGAUCAAAAAUGUCCCGUCGGAGCCCGAGUUACAUGUCAUUCACUUUCAAAGUUCUGAAAACGGAGUUCGAUACGGUUACUGGUUUCAAUCGAAAAGUAGUGACUUUGUCGAGUUAAACUAUGAUGCGGGCCAAGAAAUUUAUGUACCGAGGACACUCAACAAAGAUGAAGAGCGCCGCGAUGCCGAAAACAAAUUCGGCGCGCUUCAAGCUUUUAUGAUGCCUUUCCCACAAAUUGACGAAGAAAAUUCGUGGCAUGAACUCACGAAAUACAUUAAAUGGCGCGACGUACAGUAUGGAGCGGGCUGCAGUGGCGAAUUCGCAUACGUGGACUCUAGUAUCACGACAAGCGAGGAAAACCUGAAAUUAUUCAAGACUUUGAGGCGGCGAGUUGACACAUCCAAGGCUGACAUCGUGGCACCAGUCUCGGAGGCGGUUCUCAACUAUACGCCCGUUGUUUUCAAAUCUCUCGAGGCAUUAAGGCCAGAUCACAAGAUGGAAGAUUUUUUUGACAAAAGCUGGUACUUGUCUAACAUUAUCUUGCCUAAAUACCACAAUUCAUCAAUGUAUUCACUCUUGGGCGAGUUUCAGUGGGCGUUCUUGAAUGCGAUUUUUUUCGGUAACUACGGAUCUAGUCUUCAAUGGCACAAUAUAAUAGAAUUGAUAUGUUUCAGCUCAAAGGCCAAUGUUCAAUUAGUGCAAACGUUUGAUGAGACAUUGUCACGACAAUUGCGAGUCUUCCCGGAGGUAUACUUUGACGUUUUAAUCAGCGGAAGUGUGUGGAGGAAAUGCUUACUGGAAUCGCCUCAAAAAGAUCAAUUGAGCCAAACUUUGAAAGUGAUCGAAGAGCGUUUCCCGGAAUUGAUCAGCGGAAACGCUUCAGAUUCAGAAAACGACUCUACUGAUUCUACCGAUGAAGACGCACCUGUUAUAGUCGAAAAAAUCACAUAUCGCGGUCAUCUCCGUUCGUAUUAA